GUUUGAGCACCUGUGAGUAAAGCUGCAGUUUUUCAUCUGUCCUGUGGGGGCAGUGGUGAGGCGCCGCGCUGCCGGAAGUUCACAAGGAAAACAAUCCGCGAAGAAGAAGUGACGCUAACAGUUAGCCAAUUAGCUUGCUCCGUCAUGGCGGACUUGAACCGACAGCUCCAGGAGUACCUGGCUCAGUCCAAAGGCGGUGGAGCGAAGACCAUCUCCCAGUCCAGCUCCAGCACCACGGUGGACAUGGACGACCCGGAGCCGGUACCCGGGAGCUGGUUCGGCCGGUGGUCCAGCCCGUGGUCCGGCCAGAACUCCGGCGGGAACAGUGGCUUCUCCUGGCCGUGGUCGGCCGAGCCGGACCCCUGUCUGCCGGGGAUGAGCCGCAGGCAGCGGCUGGUGGCCUUCGGGGUGUGCGUGUCGUUCUCCGCGCUGUGCUUCGGACUGUCCGCGCUGUACGCCCCGCUGCUGCUGCUCUACGCCCGCAAGUUCGCCCUGCUCUGGUCGCUCGGGUCGUUGUUCGCCAUCGCGGCCGCGGCGGUGCUGCGCGGACCCAGCAGGAUGGUCGCCGGCCUGCCCACCUCCCCCGGAGCCGCCGUGUACCUGUGCGCCCUCGGCGGGACUCUCUACGCGGCGCUGAGCCUCCACAGCACCGUGCUGACCGCGCUGGGCGCCGCCCUGCAGGUCGCCGUCAUCGUCGGGUACGUGGUGUCGCUGCUGCCCGGGGGCAGCGCCGGGAUCCGCUUCAUGGGGGGGAUGGCGGCCUCUGCCAUCAAACGGACCGUCACCGGGAAAACCAUGCCGAUCUGACCGGAGACUGAGCUCCUGACCCGGGGCCCAGAUCAGAGAGGACCAACUAUCAGAACAUUCCUCUGCAGACUGACUCCACACACACACACACACGAACAGGAUCGAUAGACUGAUUAUUGAUUAUCGGCUCCUGCUGAGGUGGAGCUGACCUUUGACCUGCUGCUCACUGAACAAACCAAAUCAAGUUUAUACAGCUGUUUCAGCUACGACCUGAUGAACUGUGUUCAGGUGUUACAGGAAGUGGUUCACCUGUCGCUCUCUGCUGAUUGGACGAGAGUUAACCAAUGACAAGGAGACGCCUUACUGUACAGUUUCUAACCAGCUGUUGAUUUUCACAUGUUCUGUUUGUAAUUAAAAACCAAACUGUUGACUCAUGUUUUCCUGAUAGAACUGAACUGAGACUUGAGGUAACACACCUGUUCCUGCUCUGCGUACCUGAUCAAGUACGAUGAGUCAGCAGCUGUGUGAUCUGAUGCUACAGCUCAGUUCAAACCAGGGUUCAUGAUUCCACCUGUUAUAUUAAUAAAGUUUAAUUUCAGUCAGCUGA